CUUCCGCGGGCGCCCAACCGUGCGUCUCUUGCGUGCUGACGUCAGGUGCGUGCCCCUGUCCGGCAGGCGAGGAGACCCCGCGCAGUGCUGCCAACGCCCCGGCGGAGAAGCUGAGGUCAUCAUCAACUUUGAAUUAUUUAAAGUGGAUACAAAACUAUUUCUGCCAUGCAGACAAUUAAGUGUGUAGUUGUGGGCGAUGGUGCUGUUGGUAAAACAUGUCUCCUGAUAUCUUAUACAACAAAUAAAUUUCCAUCUGAAUAUGUACCAACUGUUUUUGACAACUAUGCAGUCACGGUUAUGAUUGGUGGAGAGCCAUAUACUCUUGGACUUUUUGAUACUGCAGGGCAAGAAGAUUAUGACAGAUUACGACCACUGAGUUAUCCACAAACGGAUGUAUUUCUAGUCUGUUUUUCAGUGGUUUCUCCGUCUUCAUUUGAAAAUGUGAAAGAAAAGUGGGUGCCUGAGAUUACUCACCACUGUCCAAAGACUCCUUUCCUGCUUGUUGGGACCCAAAUUGAUCUUAGAGAUGACCCUUCCACUAUUGAGAAACUUGCCAAGAACAAACAGAAGCCUAUUACUCCAGAGACUGCUGAAAAGUUGGCACGUGAUCUGAAGGCUGUCAAGUAUGUGGAGUGUUCUGCACUUACACAGAAAGGCCUAAAGAAUGUGUUUGAUGAAGCAAUAUUGGCUGCCUUGGAGCCUCCAGAACCGAAGAAGAGCCGCAGGUGUGUGCUGCUAUGAACAUCUCUUCAGAGCCCUUUCUGCACAGCUGGUGUCGGCAUCAUACUAAAAGCAAUGUUUAAAUCAAACUAAAAUUAAAAAUUAAAAUUUGUUUCUGCAAUAAUGACAAAUGCCCUGCACCUACCCACAUGCACUCAUGUGAGACAAGGCCCGUAGGUAUGCCCCCUUCGCCUUCCAACUACUAGUUAAUUUUGAUAAUUGUGUAUUGUCAGAAAGUGAUCAGUACUAGUUUUUGUUGUUUCAAAAAAAAAACUUUUUUGUUUGUUUAAAAGCAAGGCAUGCUUGUGAUGACUGUAACAGACUAAUUUUGAAUUGUUGAAGCUGCUCCCUGGUUCCAUUUUAGACAGUAAUCUGGGACAUUUUAGAGACUUUUUUGGGGGGUGGGGGUCAUGUGUGUGGGAUUCAUUUUUUAGUAUUUUUUAAAAAAAGAAAUUAACCAGUGGACAGCUCUUCGGGGAGGAAGACGGAUUAUUUCCACAUUCCACUUCCUAGAUCUAGCAUAGAAAAUGUGUUCCCCAUCUGGUGCUCUUAGGAAGGAGUAUAGUAAAUGCCUCAUUUAGUAACAUACUCCUUUUUGAAAGUUGCCUUUUUUUCUCCACCCUUGAGUAGAUCCAGUGUUUGAUGAAGCUCAUGGAAGUGGGUGGAAGCCGUCUUGCCCUCCCCUUUUCUAGGAUGCACUCUGUAUGUGACUGUGACUUCCAAGGAAAUCUGUUUGCCAUUUGCUUUUUUUUUUUUUUUUUUUUUGAGGGGGAAGUGAUUUCUAACUUCUUUUACCUCAUAAGUGAAGAAAAGUAUUGCACCUUUUGAAACACACCAAAUUGAUUGACUUCAUUACAUAUUUUUUUUUCUUGUCAGUCAUUGUCUUAUGUACUUAGCAUAGAUUUGCAAGUCAGUAGUGUGUGGUCUUCCUAGAAGCCAGCUGAAGAUUGGCCCACAGAGAAACUCUGAGAGGGGUGCUGGAAGACAGAUGCCUGUGGGAUGACUGGCAUCCUUUCUGGUGAUGAGGCUGCCAGGCCUGCUUCUUGAGAAGCUGGGGCCGGUAGAAGGGCAACACUUAACCAACAUGGGGACCAGUCAGGGGAAUCCCUUUUUUCUGUCUUGCAUAUAAGGAACCCUUGAGCAACCUGCUGAAGCUCUCCGGUUUAAU